AUGGCCGUGGAUGUGGGAAAAUCACUUUUUGAAGCUUCACUGAGCGGGAAGGCCGAGGGCGAUGGGAGGUGGGACUGCGCAGAGGUGGAGUCGGACUACCCGGAGCUAGGGGACAGCCUGCGCCGGCUUUUAGGGGCAGAGGAGGCCAAGCCCUGCCCGCAAGGGACGGAGAGCGGCGUGCCAAUGAGGGGGCCCAGUCCCUUGGCCGCUGGUGUUCCCCAGGGAGGCUCGAGCUGCCGCCAAGAAGUGUCUUCAGCAUCCGCAUCCAAAUUUCCCAGAGCGAGAGCAAGCCUCUUGGAGACAGAGACGUUAAUUUGUAGAGCUGCCGACAGCGGCGAUGUGCCUCGUUAUGUUAGCCACCGGUUCCUCUCCUCAGAAGAGCAGCAGGUGAAGGCAUCCGGCUGUUGGGAGCCGGCGUCCAGCCCUCCCAGCCGGCGCAGCUCUGCAGAGGAGACCAUCCUUGCUGGCAGCUGCCACAAUGGUGCCGGCCGGCGGAGCCGAAGGCUGGGAGCUCAAUCCCCAUUUUUUUCCACCCGGGAACUCCUGCAGCCCCAAAGCCCCACCAGCCCCGAGAGCGCCCUGCGGAGCUGCUCCGCAUCGAGCUUCUCCGCUCCGUCUUCAGAAGAAAAUGGCCUCUCCGAAGAGCCAUCCCGAAGCUUGCUGGCCAGCCUGGAGGUGCCUUCUCCUGCGGCCACCGCCGCCCGGGACCUGUGCUGUCGGUGGGGUGCGGCAGAAGGCAGGGUGCCGCGGGCGCCCAAGCCCUUCAGUCCUCUGCUUGAUGACCGCCCCACCGUGGAGCGCAUCAGAGGGAUGUCGUCCUACCAAGCCGAUUACUGGGCGUGUGCCAUACCGGAUUCGUUACCCCCAUCUCCGGACCGUCGCUCGCCCCACUGGAACCCCAAUAAAGAAUACGAAGACUUGCUGGAUUAUGCUUAUCCACUGAAGCCAAGAUACAAGCUGGGAAAGGUGCCGGAGCCUUUCUUCCACGACUCAGGAAUAGGUUUGGACAUUUUUGAGGGCACGUCGAGGUCCACCAGCAUCUAUGGCCGAGGUGGGCAGGCUCGGGGAAGCGGAGAAAAUGGACGUCGGAGGUUUGAGGCCUCUGCAGAGAGGUUCUCCACGCCGGGGCCUGGAAAAAGAGGCUGCUCAGGAGCUGGCUCGUACUGUGAACCUUUACCUAUUGCAAAAGCAUCCUUCACAAAGAGUGCUUCCUCUCGUCCUUCUAGAGGUUUUGCUAAGGAUGUAACGACGGAGUCAGCUGGGCCGGGUUCCUUUGGCCGCCCUGCUGCAGAUGGGAGAAGCUGGUGUACCAGAGGGAGCCCCUUUCCAAACCUCAAAGGGCAGGUAAAAAGCGCAAAUAGGUUUUUACCUACACUGCAGGAGCUGGAAAGGCUGGCUCAGUUUUUGUCCGAUCUUUCCUUAACUAUAAGGACGCCCGGGCACGACCACCGUAACCUUCCACGUCACAGCGACGGCAGGCAGCCCCUUUCAUCCGAGUUGGCUCCUUUCGGAGAAGCGGGUGGCAGGGAUGAAAGAGGGAAUAUUGAGGAUUAUGCUGGGCUGUGGCACUCCUCCAGCUCUCGAAAGCCCAGCUGGGAAAACACUGAAUCGUGUGGCCAGAUCCAUAGGGAUCCUCUGCGGGGGCUUCAUCUACCGACCGGUCUCAGGGACACAUUGGAGGGGACGUACCUGAAGGAACCGCGGGUCAAGGGGCAUCCAAAGAAGAGCCAGCAGAGCGAGUCCCUUGCCCAGUGUGUUAAGAUGUUUUGCUGCCAGCUGGAAGAGCUAAUUCGUUGGCUGUACAACGUGGCGGACAUCACCGGCAGCUGGGUCCCAGCCUCGCCGGACACCGAGAGCGCGACGGCAUCGCUGCACCGCUACUUGGAGUUCAAGAAAGACGUGGCCAACCACCGGAGCCUGACGGAGAGCGUGCUGGAGAGGGGAGAAGCUCUCCUCGACUGCAUGGCGUCGAGCUCGCCAGCUCUGAAAGACACGCUGGGUUUGAUUGCGAAACAGUCAGAAGAGCUAGAAACCCACGCGGAGCACUUGUACGAGUCCGUUCUAGCUGCCGUGGGUCCCAUGCAGGGCGAGGACGGGAUGGAGGACGAGGGGGUGCAGCAGACGGCUGCUCAGUGGGUGCUAGAAGCCAAGAAAUAG